AUUUAUCUAUCUUCUCUCCACUCCCUUUCUUACUUGCUCUUCCAAGUUUCAUGUUUGAGUUUGAAGUUGAAGUUGAACUUCAACGCCCACACCCACAACCACACCCACAUCAAUACAAAUUUACUAUUAAAAAGAAAGACUUCAUUUUGAGAUGUUAUUUUUUAAUGUUGAUGAUGGAAGUAGAUAAAGAAGAGUCCAGAGAUGAAGUUGAUAAGGCCCCAACUGAAACAGGUCUAUGCUAUCCAUUUUAGGUUUAUAUUUCUAUAUACGGAAGUUGGGGAUCCCUUGUUGGUUAUGUGUUGACCAGAUCUGACUUUUACUACCCAUUUCCCUAUCACAACCUUUUUAGCUCGACCCUCAAAGCAAAGCAAAGCAAGGUAAAGUUUGCAUCAUAAGUCAUAACCUGAAUUUUAGGCAAUGGGGGGAAUUAAUGGUGUGUUGAGACUCGCCAUUCACAUUCCAUUAUCAUUCUUAUUCAUCAGAAGAAAAGAAGGUAAUGGAUUAGUAGUUGUAAAAUGACAGGCUGUGAAGGUUUGGGGGGUAACUUUUUGUACUACUGCUGCUGCCUAGAUAAGGGUUUUGAUUUUGAUGGAGGAGAUGUCUCCGGCGGUCACGGUGCCAUUUAGAGUAGGUAACUCAGUCUCAGUGUGUGAUAACCCGACCAUAGCUACCCACAUAGAUAUCAGUAGUACACUUAAGCUAAUGGCAGACACGGCUGGUCUAUUAUCUGAUUCUGUUGCUGCUGGUGAUGUGGUGGUGGACUGUACUUGUGGUGAUUUGGUGAAUGAAGUUAAGGUGUUGGAUAACGUAUCUCAAAAUGAAACCAAUUGGGCUGCCGCUGCUGAUGAUAACGGUGUGAUAGCCCGUGGAAGUGAGGAAGAUGAUACCUUAUCAUUGGAGUUGGAGGGUGAUCAGAUUCUUGAUAGCUCUUGUUCUUUUUCAGUGGCGAGUGAGACCAGUAGUUUAUGUGGAGAGGGAGAGGAUAUCUUUGCUCUUGAUAUAAGAACACCGACUUCCAUAGACAUUGAGAAGAACAUAUGUGGUGAUGUUGAUGUUGUUGCUAAGGCCCCCAAUUCAGAAGAACGAAAUGAUGAGACUAAGACAGAGAUUGUGAGUGAUCCUGUUGCUGUGCCUGUGAGCCCUGAUGAAGAAGCUGGUGAUGGUUCUGACCCAAAGCCAUCUGCAGUCGUUCAUCAGUUACCUCUGCGUCUGGAAAGAGGGGCCAGUGGAACAUCAUCUGGCCGCAGUGUUUUUGAGAUAGAGUUUGUGCCUCUUUGGGGAUUUACAUCUAUGUGUGGAAGAAGACCUGAGAUGGAAGAUGCUUUUGCUACUGUGCCUCAUUUUCUGAAGAUUCCUAUCCAAAUGCUAAUCGGUGACCGUGUAUUUGAUGGCAUGACUAGAUGUUUACCUGACCAGACUGUUCAUUUCUUUGGAGUCUAUGAUGGCCAUGGAGGGUCUCAGGUUGCAAACUAUUGUUGUGAUCGUAUCCAUAUGGCUUUGGCUGAGGAGAUAGAAUUUGUUAAGAAAGGCCUAACUGAUGGAAGUAUCAAGGACAAUUGCCAAGAGCAGUGGAAAAAAGCAUUCACCAAUUGUUUUCUUAAGGUCGAUGAUGAAGUUGGAGGAAAAACUGGUCUUGAGCCUGUCGCACCGGAAACUGUUGGUUCUACAGCUGUGGUUGCCAUUAUUUGUUCCUCACAUAUCAUUGUUGCAAACUGUGGAGAUUCAAGAGCAGUUCUGUGUCGUGGAAAAGAACCUAUGGCAUUGUCAGUUGAUCAUAAACCAAAUCGAGAAGAUGAAUAUGCUAGAAUUGAGGCAGCCGGAGGCAAGGUCAUACAGUGGAAUGGGCAUCGUGUUUUUGGAGUUCUUGCAAUGUCAAGGUCUAUUGGUGAUAGAUAUUUGAAACCGUGGAUAAUUCCAGAACCAGAGGUGAUGUUUAUUCCGCGGUCAAAAGAAGAUGAAUGCCUUAUUUUAGCUAGUGAUGGUUUAUGGGAUGUCAUGACAAAUGAAGAGGUAUGUGACUUGGCUCGGAAAAGAAUACUUUUGUGGCACAAAAAGAAUGGUGUUACUCUUCCCACUGAAAGAGGCGAGGGAAUUGAUCCUGCAGCUCAAGCAGCAGCAGAAUUCCUCUCAAACCGUGCUAUUCAAAAAGGAAGUAAGGACAACAUAACUGUGAUUGUGGUGGAUUUGAAAGCUCAAAGGAAGUUCAAAAGUAAAACAUGACGGUUCGUUCACCCUCCUAUUAGCUGUUUGAUUCAUGAUUGUAUGUUGGAGUAUAAAAUAUGAUCCAAUAUAGUUUUGCCCAUCUUCUUUUCACCUGGGCUUUAUGGCUUAUUGAGAAUAGCAGUCUGUAUUUACUAUAGAAUAUCCAUGAUUCUAGAACUCCUCACUGUUUCAAGAGUCUUGUUGUACACUGUGCUGAGUUCUGGGUAUGUAAAUCUUAUCAGCUUAUUGUAGGACAAUAGAUGGUGACAGUUCCAUGUUUUUAGCAUUGUGGCCAAAUUGUAUUCAUUAUGCCUCCGAGUUAAAUGGCUCUGUGAGGUAUUUACCUCGUAUUAUUUCAACUGUGCGGUACUAAUGAAUUUUUUUUUAAGUCUCA